AUGUUUCAGCAUGCCCUUCAGGCGGCGGUGCUGUUAUGUUCUGCUUCUAUGGUGAGCGCCUCCCCAACCAGCGCAAGUUCAACUUCCCGGCCGUGGCAGCGUCCUAUCAUCCUUGAACACCUCCGCAUCCACCUCACAAUGCCCAAUCGCUGCGGACUACGACCGAAGGUGUGGCUUCCUUGCACCGCUCGUGUUCCCUACACUACCAACAGCGCUAUCGCCGCUACUGAUGGUGGUGCUGCUGCCACCGCCGGCGCUGAAGCAACCACCAUAACUGAUUACCAUCAUGGUAACACCGAGAAGAACAUGGAUGGAGACUUCAUGGCCACUACUAAGUGUGUGAUCUCCUGCAACCCAAAUGAUUUGUGUUGGAUACGGGACCAGAGCCCUCCUCUAUUUUGCACUCCACACUCAGAAUCCCAUUGA